UUUACCACAGUCCAGAGAAGAUUAUGGCAGCACCCAGGGUGCCGUACCUGAAAAGUUGUAUAAAGAGUUUUCUGCCUCUCGAAGGUACAAGUGGAUGCGUCUGGGUCCUGCAUGUCGCACUCGAAUCCUGGGAUUUCGCGCGUCGGCGCAACGUGUUCCUCCAUUUCUGGUACCAUCUCAAUUUGGCGCAGCCUGGCCUGCCUAUUCCGGACCCUGCGGCUGUUGUGCCAGGCGGUUUGCGCCGCCUUCUGCGUGAUGCAAGCGCGCACCGACAUCCUGCAGUACGAGUCGUACCCGACCGCUGUCAUGUACGGCUACGACCGCAUGGCCGGCAUACAAUUCCCGGCCGUCACGCUCUGCAUGGAGAAAGGUUACAACAUGACUCGACUAUGCAGCGAGCACAGCUUUAUGGACUGCAGCGACAACGACUCGCAACGCAUCGUGGGCGCCUAUCUGACGGUGACAGUGAAGUUGAUCGAAUACUCGUACGCUCGCAAGGACGUCAUCUUCGACUGCAAGUUCGUAUCGGGCGACGCUGCCUGCCAGGACUUUGACUGCGCCGAACUAUGGCAGCCCUCGUACACGCUCGCCUUUGAGACCGUGUGCCAUACUUUCGACCUGGCGAGGAACCGCACCGGCCCUUACUGGGACUGCCCAUCGCCCUGGAAGUACAAGAUGUUGGCGUCGGUGAGCGCUCGCAGCGAGCGUGCCCACAACGAGACGGUCUUCCUGAUGGGCCACUUCCACCAGCAGAACGUGAUCGGUAACGGCGAGCGGAGCACCAUGAAGUUUCGAGCCGGGUACAAGUACAAGAUAGCCACCUACCAGACCAAUAGCCAUUCCCUGCCGUACCCAUACGAGACCAUGUGCAGUGACUACGUGACGCUCUCCAAAAAGCUCGGCUACGAACACUACAUCAUGCAGUCAGAGGAAUGUUCGGAAAACUGCCUCAUGGAACACUGGCUGCAUAACUGCCGCUGCAGCUCCAAGCUGUACGGCCUGCGACACGAAAGGCACAGGGACCUGUGCGACAUCUUUGAUCACGUGCAAUGCACCCACCUGAUGAAGGUAGGCCAGUGGAGACCAAAGUGCCUCGCCAGCUGUACCCAGCCUUGCCAGGAAAUCAGGUACAAGACAUACUCUAAUGUGGUAGGCAAGAUAAAGAAAAAUGCUAGCAGACUGAACGCUGUUGAAUUAGUCAUUCAGAUGGGCUCAGACCGGCGGAAAACAGUCCGUGGCUAUCCUAGAAUGGAGAUUCCAGGCCUCAUCACCUACGUCGAAGGCCACAUCGGCAUGUGGCUCGGGCUUUCCAUACUGGCCAUCUCGUCGGCGGUCGUCAAGUUUAAUCAAAGAGUGGUCCAGCACUUGUUUACGACCAACUGAAACGCAAGUCGGCGUCAAGACUGGUGUAG